CGGGGGCGGGGGCGGGGGCCACAGAAGUUCUGCACAAAAAAAAAGAAAAAUCUCUUUCGUUUCUCUUGUAUAGAGUUAAAGGAGUGGUUCUGGUAAGAUAAUAAAUACGUUUUUUUUUUUUAAAGAAAUGUGUUUGUUUGUAGUAUAUUUACUAUGCGGGAUAGCAGCCGUGUUCCCUAUAGCAGCGACACCGCCCAAGGGGAACUCGCUCAGUGACAAAGGUGUCACCAUGGCGACGGUGUCCUGGGACAGCACAGAGAAAGCAGUGGUUUUGAAAGAAGGGGUGAUGGCAGAAGGCGGAGACGCGUACGGUUUUUAUAACGACUCUCUGUACCAGAGCGGCUGGGGGGUGCUGGAGCUGAGAGCGGGGUACGGGGCGACGAGGGACCCCGAUACCGUCAUGUACCUCGCCGGCUACCUGGAGGGGUACCUCACAGCACGGCAGAUGGGGGAUCAUUACAGAAACCUGUACCCCCAGCUCAUAACGGACCUCACAAUAGCCUCAAAAGUCGAAGACUUUCUCAAGAAGCAGUAUUUCUGGGCGCGUGAUGAGGUGCACAGGAAGGGAGGUGGGGACCCUCUCUGGCGUCACGUUGGUUAUGUCCUGUCCCAGCUCGAUGGGCUGCACGCAGGGGCUGUGGAGUGGGCAAAGAGGAGCCGGAGUGAGCCCCUGUCUGUAUUUGCAGUUCAGUUUCUCAAUGGUCUUGGUGAUUUGCUGGAUCUCAUUCCCAUGUUGUUUCCUGGCAACCACACUGACUGGCACUCCCACAGCUGGGCCAAACAGAACCAGAACCGGGACCGGACCACCAUGGGGCACUGCUCCGCACUUAUCAAGGUGUUGCCCGGGUUCGAGAAUGUCUUCAUCUCCCACUCCAGCUGGUUCAGCUACACGGCCACCAUGAGAAUCUUCAAGCACUGGGACUUCAAACUGGAGGACCAGCAAACCGCCACGGGCCGGCAUUCCUUCAGCAGCUACCCGGGCUUCCUCAUGUCUCUGGACGAUUUCUACCUGCUUGGCAGCGGCCUGGCGAUGGUGCAGACCACCAAUGGGAUCUACGACCGCUCCCUCUUCAAACUGGUCACUCCCCAGUCUCUGCUGGCCUGGCAGCGGGUGCGAGUGUCGAACAUGAUGGCUCGCGACGGGAAGGAGUGGGCUAGCGUCUUCUCCAAGUACAAUUCAGGUAGCUAUAAUAACCAGUACAUGAACUCGAUUUGAACAGAUUCACCUAGGAGGACCUCGAGGAAGGAGCUCUCUUCAAUAGAACAGAUUCCGGGAUUGGUGGAGUUCUCUGACCAGACCGUCUUGAGAAGGGGAUACUGGCCCUCCUAUAACAUCCCGUUUCACAAGCAGAUCUACGCUCGGAGCGGAUACCCGGCGAUGAGGGAGCGCUUCGGGCUGGAAUACUCCUACGACCUCUGUCCUCGAGCCAAGAUCUUGCGCCGGGAUCAGAGUUCCGUGCGGGACCUGGACUCCCUGCGGCACAUCAUGAGAUACAAUGCGUACCGGACAGACCCGUACUCAGAGGGGAAUCCGUGUAAAACGAUCUGCUGCAGACAAGACUUGAACAAACAGCAGCCCGUUCCCGGGGGAUGCUACGACACCAAGGUCACUGAUUUCAAGUUGGCUCGAAGGUUUGUCUCAGAGGCAGUGAAUGGGCCCACAGUCCAGGACGGGCUUCCCGCGUUCAGCUGGAGAGAAUUCAAUGAGACGAGACACGCCGGCCUCCCAGAGUCCUACAACUUCACCUUCCUCACCAUGCAGCCUGUCCUCUUCCACCCCUAGACCCGCAUCGCCAGGGAGAGGCGUCCAGCGGCUCACAGAGACAUCCGAACGGGAGCUUCAGAUCCCGGCCGAGCCUCAGACUCGCUGUGUGCGUGUGUCUGUCUCUGUGUGUGUGUGCGUGCGUGUGUGUGUGUGUGUGUGUGUGUGUGUGUGU